AUGGACAACGCAGCAGUCGUCGUGGAGUCCGACAGCAACUCCGACCUCGACGAUCAGACCAAGGCAUGGGAAUCAGACGUCGUUCUGUCGCGUCAGGACGAUGAUGCUGCCAAUUCCCACUCAAACCCCGCCGCCGACUGUGGCAUCGGCCAUCGUGUCCAGGCCAGUCGCUCCGUCCUUGCCUUGGUCCUGGAUGACGAGUGUGUCUUUGCUGGUCUCCAAGGUGGAGAUAUUGUCGCCUGGUCCCUCGAGACAUAUGAUCUCUUGCUCUCCGUCCAUGCACACAAAGAAAGUGUCCUAGGUCUCUAUCUCUCCGAUGAUGGUGACCUCCUCUUCUCCAGUGGUGGCGACUCCGUCGUCAAUGUCUGGUCCACCAGAACCUUUGACCGACUCUAUUCUAUCCAUUCGCAUCACGAUGUAGGCGAUAUCUUUGCUGUUGCCUACUCGUCCAGUCUGAAGACCGUCUACUGUGGUGGCCAGAACACCAGCAUUCAGUGGUGCGAUAUUUCAAAAACAGACGCAGCUUCAACACGGACCUCGGCUGCCCACUUAUCUCGACGUACUCAUAGGUUCUUCGACUCGAAAGGUCCAGAUGGUACCCGCGCUUCCUGUCCGGACUCGAGCUCGGAUGUUGCUCAUUCCGUGACGCAGGGCGGCCAGGUGUUAACCUUCAAGCGCGAUCACCAUAGGCUGUUCUCUCACCAUGGCUACGUGUAUUCGAUGCUGUUGGUCCGCGGCUUGGUCGAGUCUGCACCCAACGAAGAGGUACUUCUAACUGGUGCUGGUGAUGGUGUUGUCAAGCUGUGGCGUUUGGGGCAAGAUGGCAACACGGUGCCUGCUCAAAUGGCAAAGCUGCAGAACGGAGAUCCUGUUCUCUCGAUCGCCGUCGACGGAUCGUUCCUCUACUGUGGUCUUGCUGGCGGUGCCUUGAACAUAUGGAACUUGGAUUCUCACCAGCUGGUCAAACGCAUCACUCGCCACACGGGUGAUUUGUGGGCGGUGGAUAUUAUCCGAGGAGUGGCUGUGUGUGGUGACUCGAACGGAAUUGUCAAGAAAUUCAACUCGAGGUUCGAAGAAGUGGGCAGCUGGGUUGCCCAUGAAGGGACCAUGCUGGCAUCGGCCGCUGGCCGAUUCAAAGACCGUCGCAUCUAUGCUACUGGAGGAAAUGAUAACACGGUCGGCAUUUGGGACUUGACCGAGUUUUCUCUCAAUCAAGACGAAGUGCCUCCGAUUAGCAAUGAUGAAAUGGUCAACAGCCUGGCCAAGUUUGUCGCAUUCAAAACGGUUUCGUCGAGUCCGAAAUUCAGCGGAGAGUGCAACCAGGGUGCAGCUUUCCUUCGACGACACUGUAACUACUUGGGAGCUAAGACGAAACUCUUGACCACGGGAGAAGACACCAAUCCUAUUGUGUAUGCCAGAUUCCACGCAACGUCCCCGGAAAAGGUCGACAAGACGCUUCUUUUCUACGGUCAUUACGAUGUUGUUGGUGCUGAGGCCAAUAAGCAAAAAUGGAAGACGGAUGCUUACCAGCUGGCCUCAAUCAAUGGCUUCUUGUACGGUCGUGGAGUUUCUGAUAACAAAGGGCCUAUCCUGGCGGCUCUUUAUGCAGCUGCGGAUCUCGCCCGACAGAAGACCCUUCGAUGCGAUGUGGUUUUCCUCAUCGAGGGUGAGGAAGAGUCUGGCUCUCAGGGGUUCCAAGAAACCGUCCGACAACAUAAGGCCCAAAUCGGACCGGUUGAUUGGAUUCUCCUUGCCAACAGUUACUGGCUGGACGACUUCAACCCGUGCUUGAUUUAUGGCCAGCGUGGAGUCGUGCAUGCAAACCUGAUUGUCACAAGCGAACAUCCGGAUCUUCACAGUGGUAUUGACGGUAGUUCCCUACUGGAUGAACCAUUGAAAGAUCUCUCGAUCCUCGUGGGCACUCUGGUCGGGCCCAAGGGUCGCAUCAACCUUCCCAACUUCCACGACCCGGUUUUGUCUCUGACGGAAGCAGAGAAGGUGCGAUAUGCAGCCAUCGCAGAGGUGCUACUACCGCACCACCCCGAAAUUCCCAACAGCGAUGCUCUGAUCAACUCCUUGAUGCAUCGCUGGAGAGAACCAUCGUUGACCAUUCAUUCGAUGGAGGUGCCGGGAAGCGCCAAGACAGCAACGACUAUCUCACGCAAAGCCAAGGCCAGUCUGUCGAUUCGUAUCGUGCCAAACCAGAAGGCGGAUGAGGUGGCAGCAAAUCUGACGGCAUUUGCACAAGAACAGUUUGAUCUGUUGGAAUCCCAGAAUGACCUUACGGUGGAGAUUACGGGCAAAUCCGACGCCUGGUUGGGAGACCCGGACAAUGAGAUCUUCGAGACCCUUUCAGACGCCAUCACGGCUGCUUGGACUCCUGACCACCAGAGCCAGAAGCACCACUACCCUCCUAUUCAGCGAAUCCUGCCCGAGCGGACCUCACGUAAACCGUCUCCCGCGCCCGGGUCGAAACUCCUCCGCAAGGACUCUUCUGACAGCCUUGCUUCGCACAUCGACCGUAUCAUCACAUCCUCGACCACCUCUUCUGCCGGAAAGACGGCAGCACGUAAAAAUUCCGCACUGAGCACCACAGUGCCAACUUCAUCAACCCUCGCCAACACCUCUACCGCGAUCGCCUCUACCCCUGAUGACGCAACGGUCAUUGUGACACCACCCGACACCGUCUCAACACCCACCUCGCAGCCCGAAACGACGAAACCCGUCUCGACACGUUCCGGCGUGCGACCAAUCUACAUCCGCGAGGGCGGUUCGAUUCCCACGAUCCGCUUCCUGGAGAAAGAGUUCUCGGCACCCGCGGCGAACCUGCCCUGCGGACAAGCCAGUGACAAUGCGCAUUUGGACAAUGAGCGACUCCGCGUGGAGAAUUUAUACAAGAGCCGGGAGAUAUUCCGGUAUGUGUUUGGACGGUUGCCGGAAAGGGGCAACUAG